AGCAGUCGGAUGCCCAAGCCAGAAGGUUGGGGCACAAGUUCCCGCAGUCUAGGCAUGGCGAAACCGGAGCAGCACGCUAUGGCUGCGGGCAUGCUGGUUCAUGCGGAUGAGGCGAAGGUUGAACAUCGGAAGUUGCCAUGUGCCGGGAUUGCGGGCUGGUUGGUGAAAUGGAGUAUGUGUGUGGAAGAAGGUAAGUGGGGUACAGGCCCGUUCAAUUCAUUAGCAGGUGCUGCCACCCUUUAGAUCCUUUCAUGCCAGGUUCUUGAUUAUGACUUGCAUGAGGACCCAACCCCGGUGUUUGCCGUAGUUGCAGGGCCAAAGCUCGACAUUGAAGAAAGCCACAGGCCGAUGGACCAUGAAAUGGUUGCAAGUCGAAAGCUCUUCCCUGAGGAGGACUUCUCCGGGGAAGAGAUGGAUGUGGACGCAAACUUAUGCUGUCCAGAUGCGCUGAGCGCCAUCCUUUCCACCGUGUUCUGCCCGUCCUGGCUAUGCUCAUUGAAGAUGUUUGACCAGAACGAGAGGGCGGCAGUGUUGGUGUGGGGCAAAUACGUGGGGAGCAUCAACGAUCCUGGGAUCCAUGUGGUGAAUCCCUGUGGCGUGGAGUUGAGAAAGAUCACCACUGUUCGCAAGACCCUGGACAUCCGUGAGGUGAGCGUCACAGAUAAGGAUGGAAACCCCAUCUACAUCAGCGGAAACAUCGCGUACAAGAUUGUGUCCGCCAAGAAAGCCAGGGUUGACACAGCGGAACCUGACAGAUACACGAGUGACCAGGCACCUAUGGUGCUAAGAUUAGUGGCUGCUCGCUUCCACUACAACGAGCUCCGUGGGGAUUCCCCGAGCAAACUGCUGGCGGAUGAGCUGCAAAAGGCGGUGACCAGUGCUGGAGUGCAGGUCAUCAAGUUCCAACUCACCGACCUCAAGUACGACCCCCAGAUCGCCGCCGCCAUGCUGGCGCGACAGCAAGCCGUGGCGCAGGUAGACGCCAAGCGCGCGCUGGUGCACGGUGCCGCAGAGACGGCCUCCUCCACGGUGACACGCCUGAAGCAGCUGGGCCACAACUUCUCCCCGGAUAAUGAGCAGAGAUUGAUCCACGAUCUUCUGCUGAAGAACUUGGACCCGGAUUACAAGGCGCAUGCCAUGGUCAUGGCGCAAGGGAGGUGACCGGGCUCAGCUUCUGGAACACCAGAACUGACGGCCUUGAAACACUUCGCAAGAUUGCCGGCUGACAAAAAUCGCCGGACUUGUCCACCGGUGGAUUUGAAGCAACCUCACCAUGUUGCGGACAGAAUUCACGGAGUGACGCGCAGAUGGACUUUCAAGAUCAUCCGAUUGAGACAACGAGGCUAAUGAUGU